GAGUGCCCGGAGAAAACCCACGCAGGUACGGGGAGUAUAUAUAUAUAUAUAAUUUAAUGCAUAUUAUGGUUAGGGGGUGAGCAGUUCAAACGUUGUCGUCCUAGAUUCUAGAUUCUGGGUGUACCUAUUUGAUUAUGAGUACGCGGAUUAUACUUAAUUGUGCCAUAUGGCUCGGGUUUACUUCCCAAUCGAUGGCUCAUACUUGACGAUGAAGACCUUUCUGAAAGGUAAUUGUCCUGUCUGGUUUGGCUCCGACCUGCCUGAUACUUACGUCGCGCUACCGCCUCGGGAACGCAACGCUAAACCACCAAGACGCGCACCAGGCGCAGCUUGGGAGGAGCUUGGCAUAGCUCGGCUUUUUUCAUGCCAUUGUCGAAGACACGCUUUGGAGAGGAGCUAUACAGCGAAAGCGGGUGUAUUGGACGCAUUGGCUGCUUGUUUGGACAUUAAGCCAUGAACACGUUUUCAAUGCUUCGUAAAGUACUCGUGUCGCCUGCAGCUUCCCCGCUGUGAUAUAAAAAUAAUAGAGGACGCAUACGCAGACUGCUCAUGCAAAACUCCGAAGUAAGGCGUGCCUGUUUCCCUCUCAGGUGUUUGGACAACCUGGGGAAGAAAUGAGCCCCCCAGACACAUCUAACAGCACAGGAGAAUGGGAGGCUUAUGAAACCGGCGUGUGGACUCUGCCCAACGGAAGCAUGGAUUUAGACCAUCAUGGUUUCCAUACAGACAUUACCAAGCACCUCGGGGUGCAGAUCACCCUCAUCACAGCUUAUUCCCUAAUCAUCCUGCUGGGGCUUCUCGGGAAUGCUCUUGUUAUUUACAUGAUCAUUCGUUACAGGAACAUGCGAACAGUGACAAACUUCUUCAUAGCCAAUUUAGCGCUCGCAGACCUGCUUGUUGACACGUUUUGCCUCCCCUUCACGCUGGUCUACACCCUGCUAGACGAGUGGAUGUUCGGAGCGGUGCUGUGCCACAUGGUGCCCUUCGCCCAGGCACUGAGCGUGCACGUGUCCAUCCUAACCCUGACAGUCAUCGCCCUGGAGCGCUAUCGCUGCAUCGUCUUCUACCUGGGCCAGCGCCUCACGUGGCAUUCCAGCUUCCUCAUCAUGGCUUUCACUUGGACUAUCUCGGCGGUCCUGGCGGCACCCUUGGCCAUCUUCAGAGAGUAUCGCUAUGAAGAGAUCCCCUCCAUUAAUCUGCACAUCGCUGUGUGCUCCGAGAAGUGGCCUUAUGGGACCAACCGGGACGGCGUCAUCUACAGCCUCUCCAUGCUGCUCCUACAGUACAUUAUCCCUCUAGCGAUCAUCAGUUAUGCUUAUAUUUGCAUCUGGGUCAAGCUGAAGAAUCACAUCAGCCCAUCUACUCGCAACGAUAGCAUUAUGCGCCGCAAAAAGACCACCAAGAUGUUGGCUCUGGUGGUGGUGGUGUUUGCCAUCUGUUGGCUCCCCUUCCACAUAUUUCAGCUGGCCAGUGAUCUGGACCUGGUUCUCAAUUUCAAGGAAUAUAAACUGAUAUACACAGUGUUCCAUAUUGUGGCUAUGUGUUCCACUUUUGCCAACCCGCUCCUCUACGGCUGGAUGAAUAAAAACUACAGAAAUGGAUUCUUAAUGGUCUUCUGCUGUGAGGAUAAGCCGGAUUCUUUCCACCCCGAAGGCUCCGUCAGGACUCGCUCUAUGAGGCGGCUGACGCUCAACGGUCGUAAUGGUGGACACCCGCCAGCUGCCGUGUGAGAAGACAUUUGAACAUGUUGCUAUUUUGCGGCACUUAUGGUGCAAAGUAGGAAUGGGCAUUUCACAAAAUUUCCUCAAUAUUUUUCUAAUGGGACGAGAGAAUCUCUCUCCUUCAUGCUCUCUUAAUGUUCUGAACUCCUGUUUCCAUUUCAGUGUUGUACUGAGCAAAAUAACGCAUGUCAACCCAUGCACGGGGCCCUCCACAUCAAAUUUUCUUCUUUUCCUUUCGGCUUGUCACUUUAGGGGUCACCACAGCGCGUCAUCAUUUCCAUGUAAGCCUAUCUCCUGCAUCCUCCACUCGAACACCAACUGCCCUCAUGUCUUCCCUCACGACAUCCAUCAACCUUCUCUUUGGUCUUCCUCUAGCUCUCUUGCCUGGCAGCUCCAUCCUUAUCAUCCUUCUACCAAUAUACUCGCUAUUUCUCCUCUGGACGUGUCCAAACCAUCGAAGUCUGCUCUCUCUAACUUUGUCUCCAAAACAUCAAACCUUGGCUGUCCCUCUGAUUAGCUCAUUUCUAAUUUUAUCCAAUUUGGUCAUUCCAAGAGCGAACCUCAACAUCUUCAUUUCCGCCUCCUCCAGCUCUGCUUCCUGUUGUCUCUUCAGUGCCACUGUCUGUAAGUCCUCCACCCUUGCUAUCACUUCUCCCUGUAGCCUCACUCUUCCCCCACCACCCCUCUCAUUCAUGCACAUAUAUUCUGUUUUACUUUGGCUAAUCUUCAUUCCUCUGCUUUCCAGUGCAUGUCUCCAUCUUUCUAACUGUCCCUCCACCUGGUCACUGCUUUCACUGCAGAUCACAAUGUCAUCUGCAAACAUCAUGGUCCACGGGGAUGCCAGUCUAACCUCAUCUGUCGCCUAUCCAUCACCACUGCAAACAGGAAGGGGCUCAGGGCUGAUCCCUGAUGCAGUCCCACCUCCACCUUAAAUUCGUCUGUCACACCUCACCACUGUUCUGCUGCCCUUGUACAUGUCCUGUAUUAUUCUAACAUAGUUCUCUGCCACUCCAGACUUCUGCAUGCAGUACCACAGUUCCUCUCUGGGUAUUCUGUCAUAGGCUUUCUCUAGAUCUACAAAGACACAAUGUAGCUCCUUCUGACCUUCUCUGUACCUUUCCAUCAACAUCCUCAGGGCAAAUAAUGCAUCUGUGGUACUCUUUCUAGGCAUGAAACCAUACUGUUGCAAAUACUCACUUCUGUCCUGAGUCUAGCCUCCACCAUUCUUUCCCAUAACUUCAUUGUGUGGCUCAUCAACUUUAUUCCUCUAUAGUUAUCACAGCUCUGCACAUCACCCUUGUUCUUAAAAUGGGCACCAGCACACUUUUGCUCCAUUCCUCAGGCAUCUUCUCACGCACUAGAAUUCUAUUGAACAAGCUGGUAAAAAACCGCACAGCCGCCUCUCCUAGAUGCUUCCAUACCUCCACAGGAAUAUCAUCAGGACCCACUGCCUUUCCAUUUUUCAUCCUCUUUAAUGCCUUUCUAACUUCCCCCUUACUAAUCAUUGCCACUUUCUGGUCCACCAAACUUGCCUCUUCUACUCUCCCUUCUCUCUCAUUUUCCUCAUUCAUCAACUCCUCGAAGUAUUAUUUCCAUCUAUCUAGCAUACUACUGGCACCAUUCAACAUAUUUCCAUCUCUAUCCUUAAUCACCCUAACCUGCUGCACAUCCUUCCCAUCUCUAUCCCUCUGUCUGGCCAACCUGUAUAGAUGCUUUUCUCCUUCUUUAGUGUCCAACCUGGCAUACAUGUCAUCAUAUGCCUCUUGUUUGGACUUUGCCACCUCUACCUUUGCCCUAUGUCCCAUCUCAAUGUAUUCCUUUUGCCUCUCCUCGGUCCUAUCAGUGUCCCACUUCUUCUUGGCUAACCUUUUUCCUUGUAUGAUUUCCUGUACUGUGAGGUUGCUUCUUUCCUUUCCUGCCAGAAGAUACACCAAGUACUCUUCUGCCUGCUUCUCUGAUCACCUGGGCUGCAGUGGUCCAGUCUUCUGGAAGCUCCUCCUGUCCACCAAGAGCCUGUCUCACCUCUUACCGAAAAGCUGCACAACAUUCGUCCUGUCUCAGCUUCCACCACAUAGUUCUCUGCCUUUGUCUUCCUAAUCUUCCUCACCACCACCAGAGUCAUCUUACACACCGCCAUCCUAUGCUGUCUAGCCACAGUCUCCCCUACCACUACCUUACAGUAGGUAACCUCCUUCAGAUUACAUCGUCUGCACAAGAUGUAAUCCACCUGCGUGCUUCUACCUCCGCUCUUGUAGGUCACCCUAUGUUCCUGCCUCUUCUGGGGAAAAAAAGUGUUCACUACAGGCGUUUGCAUACUUUUUGCAAAGUCUACCACCAUCUGUCCCUCCAAGUUCCUUUCCUUUACUUACCCAUCACUUCUUCAUCACCCCUAGUUCCUUCACCAACAUGUCCAUUACAAUCUGCACCAAUCACGACUCUCUCUCUGUCUGGGAUGCUCAGAACUACUUCGUCUAGCUCCUUCCGGAAUUUCUCUUUCACCUCUCGGUCACAUCCUACCUGUGGGGCAUAGCCACUCAUCACAUUAUACAUAACACCCUCAAUUUCAAGUUUCAGCCUCAUCACUCGAUCUGAUACUCUUUUCACCUCCGAGACAUUCUUAGCCAACUCUUCUUUUAAAAUAACCCCGACUCCAUUUAUCUGCCCAUCUACACCAUGGUAAAAUAAUUUAAACCCUGCCCCUAAACUUCUAGCCUCACUGCCUUUCCACCUGGUCUCCUAGACACACAAUAUAUCAACCUUUCUCCUAACCACCAUGUCAACCAACUCCCGAGAUUUUCCUGUCAUAGUCCCAACAUUCAAAGUCCCCACAUUCAGUUCUAGGCUCUGUGCUUUCCUCUUCUCUUUCUGCUGAAGAAUCCGCUGUCCACCUCUUCUUUGACUUCGACCCACAGUAGCUGAAUUUCUACCAGCACCCUGCAGGUUGACGGCGCCGGUGGCGGACGUUGUUAGCCCGGGCCACGACCGAUCCGGUAUGGAAUUCUUUGGAUGAACGAUCAUAUUUGUUUGGCAAAGUUUUCAGCCGGAUGCCCUUCCUGACACAACCCUCUGCAUUUAUCCGGGCUUGGGACCGGCCUACAGUUUGCACUGGCUUGUGCCCCCCAUAUUGGCAUUGCCCUCCACAUCAAAUAAUGAAUAUUAAUGUUCAUCAUCAAUUAAAAAGUGUAAAUUUGAGAAAAUUAUUCUCUUCUCCUGAGCUAAAGACCUUGAAAUCCUUCUUGAGGAUUAUUGUCCAAUAAGUGAAUCCUCUCAACGCUUUAACUGUAAUUGAUAAGAAUAUUAAUCAACAUUUAAUAUGGUUUACCAUUUCGACCUCUUCAAUACUCAUAUCUUCUCGAUGAAGUGUCACUUAUGUCACUCUCCACUUCAUCUUUACUGCCUCCUCAGUCGACACCGACCGCUGUACCAGUGAUACUGAUACUGACAAGAGCGUCUGGCUCUGGCUCUUGUCGGUUACGCACAUUCGGUGUCAGUAAAGGUUGAAACCUUUGAUAGUUCUUAUGAAAACUGUUUUUCUCUCACCUUCUUGACUCCACUGGAAUCGCUCUGCUUCAAUUUUAUCACAACGUGCCAACAAAUUAGUUGUCCUGAAUUAAGUCAGCACGUGUGCAGUAAGAUAAUGGAGGAGUCCAUUGCAUGAGAGGCAAUGGGGACGCUUGAGACAAUGAUAAUAGAAUAAGCAUUUUCAUGUAUUUUUAAGCGUGUGAAUUAAGACUAAAACAUUAAACAUUGUUUUAAAUCAAAUAAAACUAUGAAUCAGUUUUUAUGAGACGUUUAUGCGCCCCUGGAAAUCUCCGGACUCCAGGAAGUUGCCUGUGCUUGCCUAAUGGUAAGUCCAUCCCUGGUUAGGAGGAGUUGACAUAGCGUGGAAGUAGCUCCCAUGUCAUGUUGUUCUUCAAUGAGGGCCUAUCUCACUGGCAGAGAUGUCACCAUGAUGCCGAGACUGAUCAACCGCGGCGACCCCGGGACCAGAGAGACCAAAAUAUAGCUUACGCUCUCACCAGGAAGAUGUCUGGGAGACGUCUCCGGACAACGUGACAAACAUUUUACCCAGAAAUCGCUGAUAUAAGCCUAUAUACAGUAUAUAUAUUAUUUAAAUAGAUAUAUAACACAGAUAAUGUGCGUGUGUGUGUGUGCGUGCAUUAGAUAUAUAACAUAUAUAAUGUGCGUGUGUGUGUGUGUAUGUGUGUGCGUGCGUGCUCCAUGCUCAGCCGGCGAAGCGCGGACACCGGGACAGUCCUCUUGUGAGGAAAACGCUUUAACGUCCAUAAAAUCCAAAACAUUGGGCCGAUUGUUCUGAUAUUUUCAGAGGUGUUAUAUUGAAGUGAGCAUAUGUAGAGACAUCCACAUACAUUUUGGUGAUUGAUUAAUUGCAGUUUUAUGACAUUAAGCAACGUUAAGAUUUUUCUCUAUAUACACAUAUUGGAAAAUGCUUUAACGUCCAUAAAAUCCCAAAUAUAUGGGCCAUCUUUUUGAUAUUUUCAGAGUUUGAAGUGAGCAUAACUAGAGAUUCGCAUUUACAUUUUGCUGACGAUUGAUCAAAGUUUUGGGCAUUAAGUGACGUUAAGCUUUUUCUAUAUAAUGAGCAAAAACGCUUAACGUCCAUAAAAUCCAAAAUAUUGGGGCGAUCGUUCUGAUAUUUUCAGAGGCUGAGGUGGGCACAGGUAGAUAUGUCCAUAUAAAUUUGGGUGAUGAUUGAUUGCAGUUUUGUGGCAUUGAGCUACGUUAAGAUUUUUCGCUAUAGCGAGCAUAUAGGGGAGUUGCCAAAAUGUAUCCAGUGAAAUUGGACAUGUUUGAUUUCUCGGCAACUCACUGGCAAUCCGGCUAGUCUCUAAAAGAUUCCAGGAGACAUCACAGAGACAUCUCCGCAACCACCUGAGACUCAAGUCGCCAUCAGGUAGCCAACUAGUCUCCAGGCCAGUAAGAUAGGCCACAAACUAGUUGAGACUGAAUCAACAGUGCCUCUGUUGGUUGCAGCCAAGCAAUGCACAGCAUUUUGCCUCAGUUGUUUCAAGAUGUGAUUAAUCAAUAGUUGAUUACCCACAAUAGUCAGAAUUCCUUACGAUCCAUUAGGGGUGUCAAACUAAUUUUUGUGCCACGGCAUAUUGUAGUUAUGGUUUCCCUCGGAGGGCCGUUAUGACUGUGAAGCCAUAUAAAUGUUUGUUUGCCUCAACAUAUUAUGACAUAUACACAACUAUUUUUUAAAUCUGAGUCAAAGGACAAUAUUUUUUUCAACUAUGAUUCAAGUUAACUUAAAAGGGGGUUUGGUAACAAAGCAAGAAUUGCGGAAGUUGACACAUGAUUUGCCUCGGACCUUGAGUUUGAUGACUCGAUUGUUAUGCCCAUCCCUUUUACAAAAGCAGCCUUUUAAACUCAACGAUCUGACCUUGAGUUUGUGCAAUUACUGUAUUUAAUUUGUGAAUGUUCAUAGUGAACCCAGUGUAUUCAAAUGAUUCUCACAAGUGUUAAUUAUUUAUGUAAUGUGUUCCUUAUUAAUGUAAAUGACUUGUUGAUAAGUAAUGUCCACUUAAUUAUAAAGUCAUCUGCAUUUAUUUAAUCAUGUGUUCCUGCUUCCCAUAGGAAGAUGCUAUGUUCUUGUGAUUACAAGGCCAAUUUUACUUUUAAAACACAAAUGUAUCUAUUUGCUGACUUUUUUGUGGUGGCGUUUAGUGCAAACCGAGUGACAUUUGAAUCAAUAUAAAGUGUCCACAGAAGGUUGCUGCUGCUUCUCUCUCCACAGGAAGUUAAUUAUGUUGACUUGAAGGUGCUCCAGAUCAGAUGCACCAGCAUGAUUCCUUUUAAAGGAAGUGAGAAACGGGAUAAUGUGAAUGAAGUGCAAUGAAGUGUCUUGAAGAAUGUGUCGGAGGGCUCUUAAAAGGUAUUUAGAUUAAGACUCACUCUCUAUUUUGUUUUUCAACUCUCAGCUGCUGAGCUGCAUGUGCUUUUGCUGGUUGUGUUUUAUCAACAACACACCUUACACCCAUGAGCUAAACUCCCAGUCAGAAAAUGUGACACCAUGUCAAACAGAAACCUCUGGUCACAACUGUGUCAAGGUAAGAAGUGUGUGAGUAAAUACAGUAAUAGCCACUGACAAGACCUUGUGGUGACAAGCAACCACCAAACUUCCAAAGAGACAGUCACGGGGAAAAAAAGAACAGUUUGCUCAGCUAAGUAACUUUCUGAACAAUGAAACAGAGAACUUAACAGCAAAUAAAGAAUUUGAAAACCAAACAGAACAAUUGUGGGUCACACAUUGGUGUUUUUUUAUUUUCCUGGUAAUAAAAUGCCUGUAGCCAGAGAAGUAAUACUGUAUCUAUACACCCACAGGAUGGAUUUCAUGGCUUAGCCUACAUAUUCCUUUAUGUUCCAGAGAGUCACAUAUAGAAGCUGCAGUCUUUGACCUACAUCAUCUGUAGAAAAAAAGACAUGCAAUGUGCCAUGCAUUACAUGUUUUUUCAGAUGCUUUGAGGAAUAUUGUCAUUGUUCAAAAUUCAUUAGCCAUCUGUUCCCCAGUGGAAAAUGCUUAAAGGUGAUUAUAAUUUUUUUAAAAAAAUAAACAGAGUACCCACUUUAGUAUGAUUCACAUUCGCACUGUUCUGUUAACCAAUAUGCCACUCUGUUACUGUUGUUUUUUUUGUUUGUUUGUAUGUGUGUUUGUUUUACUGAUACACAACAUUUGUCUCAUGCAGUCCACUCUAAACAACAUUUCAUGAGAAUUAUAAGUACAGUU